CUCAGACGCCAAGUUAACCCGGUACCUCUCGAAGCUGAGCCACUAGCGUCUGCGGUCUUAGGUAAGCGAUGCCAGAACACGGCGGUACGUACCUCGACCGAGCUUCGCAGCAAAAAAGUUCAAUCCGAGAUCUCGACUGGUGUGUCAAUGAGGAGACUCAGUACACCUAACCAUUCACCAUGACGGCCGCCAGCAGAGGCGCAAUCGCCGCCCUCGGGCGUAUACGACUCUGCCGACAAUGCGCGAGGGUCCAGAUCCGAGCUCCAGCUCCCUCACGGGCAUACUCGGGCGCCGCUGCCGCUGCCUCGACAACGACGACGACCACGGCGCCUCCUCCAAACGUCGGCAUUCCUCCUGAGCCCAAGGCGACGCGUCAGACGGGUUCCAACUACCAUAUCAAGGCCGGCGUGAUCCUGACGCGGGCGCCGCUCCUCACGCGACCUCUGACGGCCUUCGAGCAGGCCUACUUCUUCUACCAGAAGCGGCUUAACGAGCGCCUGUCACUGCCAUUCAUCACGUCCGUCUACUUCAAGCCCGAUACCCCGGCGCUAAUCGAUUGGAACAUGAAGGUCAAGGACCGUCAGGGCACCGUGGCAAAGGAGCUCGGCGUGUACAACGGCAAGGCCUCGCGGGCGUGGGAUGACGAGCUGAUGGUCGGCGACGAGCUGAGCAGCCACGACACGACCGUCGACCUACUGUUGAAGGACUCCGUCAUGCGCGUGAGUGACGACGCCGAGAUCAUCCCCGAGGAGGACCGGGCACCUCCCGAGGCCCUCGCGCCGCGAGUGUCGGAAGCGGACCAUAAGCGCGACACGACAAGGCUGGACCGCGCCAUGGACCGCACUCUGUACCUGGUCGUCAAGAAGAUCUCCAAGGACGGUGCCAAGUGGGAGUUCCCCGCGGCGGGAAUGUCCACGGAGGAGAACCUCCACGAGGCUGCGCAGAGGAUUCUUGACGAGACGGCGGGUGUCAACAUGAACACGUGGAUGGUCGGUCGCGUGCCGGUCGCCGCCUACGUGAAGAAGCCUGCGACCACCGAAGACAAGGGGCAAAAAACGUUCUUCCUCAAAGUCCGCAUCAUGGCGGGCCAGGCGGAUCUGUCGGCCAAUAAGCACCAGUACAAGGAGUUCAAGUGGUUGACGCGGGAGGAGCUCCAGGAGGUGCUGGAGCCUGGGUACUACCGCAGUGUACGAAACAUGAUGGCGGACCGGUAAAGACGGUUGGGGGAAGGGGCUUUGGCUUUCGACUGGUCCGACCCGCAUCCAAGGAAGGGCAAAAGCAAGAAAAGGGAUGUAACGCUGUUGUAUCAUAGAUAAACUGUACAAUCAAAUCUUCACUGGACGAUGUCGGCC